AUGAAUUCUGAUGUAGAUACCCCUAAACUAAAAAUAUAAGGAUCCAAACAUGAUUCUACACUUUCAUUCAUUAAAAAUUUUGAUGAAAGUCAACAAAAUUUACAAAUUUUGAAUGAUCGAAAAGUGCUUCUCAUAUAUGCCUCAGGAGCAGCAGCUGCAGAAGGUGAAGUGAAUGAAUCUCAUAUGACUAUUAUAAAAGGUAGAUUAGAAUAAAGAUUAAAAUCCAUUUCUUAUCUUUGUGAUCUUGAAUACACUUAGGUAAUAAUUCAAACUCUAUCCAAAAGUACCAUAAUUAAGAUGGAUGCCUUACAACACCAAUAUCUGAGUCUGGUAGAAGAACAGUCUAUAAAAUUAUGGAAUUGGAACAAAUAACAAACUCAAGAUAAACUGUAAGUCUUAUUCUUAUAUGUAGUCUUAUAAUGAUAUCAGACAUAUUGCUGAAAUCAUAAAAGAGAAUUAUGAAAAAUAUAGUGCAUUUGUAAUUUUAAGUGGGAUUGCAACAAUUACAUAUCUUGGGACAAAUUUAUCAUUCAUGUUAGAGAAUUUAUAAAAAACAGUAGUAAUCACUGGUUCAUUGAUUCCUUUAUCAUUUAUGAGAAAUGAUGCAUUUUAAAACAUCUUAGAUUCAUUAAUUUUGGCUGGUAAUUUCUUAAUACCUGAAGUUCUGAUUGUAAUGGAUCAUAAAGGAUAUCGUGCUAAUAGAUGCAGAUAAUUAAAAUGUGAUUCUUUAGAUUGUAUUGAGAGUCCUAAUUUUCCAAAUUUAGUAGAAUUUGGAAUUAAUAUUGAAAUAAAAUGGUAAUUAGUAUUAAGAAGAGGUGAGUAGAUGUUCACUAAUGAGGAGAGCACUUUAGAAUUAGCUCCUCCAUUCAUAACAGAUAUUAUAAUAAUAAAAAUAACACCAUAUACAAGUGUAGAACACAUUAAACAUAUUUUAAAUACUCCUAAAUUGAAAUGUUGUAUUUUAGAAUGCUAUCAUUUUAGUGAAAUGCCACAUAGUUAGGAAUUAUUUAAUGUAUUACUACAUGCUCAAUAAUAAUUGGGAAUUAUUUUGAUUUAGAUUUCUCAAUGCAUAAAAGGACAAACAAUUUUGAACUUUAAAAAAACAGUAAAUGGUAUAAUUGUAUAAUAUGAUAUCACUCCAGAAAGUGCUUAAGCAAAGAUAGCAUAUUUAUUAGGGAAGGGUUAUAGUAAUUAAGAAAUAAUUCAAAAAUUUCCAUAGAAUUUAUAGGGUGAGACAGAAUCAGUAAGAUAAUUUGAAAAAUUUGAAGGAUAGAAGUAGCAUUUCAUUUAAACAAUAUUGGAGACUUUAAGAAAAACAUCUGGAGAUGAACAGAUUAGUUAAAAUAUGGAUAUAAUGAAUAAAUAUAUAAUACCAAAUUUAGGAUGUUUUUUAGCAACAACUGGAUAAUUAGAAUUAAUAAAGGAUUUAAGGAAGAAUGAAGGGAAUUUAAAUAUUCCAGAUUUCGAUGGAAGAACUAUAUUACAUUUGGCAGCUGCAAAUAAAUAGAUAGAAAUAAUAAAAUAUUUAGUAGAAGAGGUUCAUGUGGAUAUAAAUCCAAUUGAUUAUUAAGGAUAUUCUCCAAUGUAUGAAGUAUUGAUAAGUAGAGAUAAAGAAUUAUUAUUAUAUUUUUAAUAAAAUGGUGGAAUUAUUUUAGCACCUCAUAAUAUAUUGGUAGAUUUAAUAUUAAGUUCAGGUUUGAAUGGAGAUUUAUAGAUGUUAGAAUUGAUAUUUCAUGGAGGGAUAAAAAACUUGAAUUAUUUUGUCAAUGUAGAUAAUCGUAAUAUAGGUCAUAUGGCAGUGAUGUCAAUGUGUUCAAAAAUUAUAAGAUUCUUAAGAUUCGUAGCUAAAUUCGAUUUUAGUGAAAGAGACAGAUGGGGCAAUACACCAUAUGAAAAUAUAAUAGAUAUAAAAAGUAAGAAGAUAAAAAUGUAAAAUAUUAAUGAAGAAGCAAUUGAUGAAAUUAUUGAGAUGUUAAAAAUGAUUGUAAAUGAUUGA